AUGAAUCUGAAAGUUCUAUUACGCUGGUUGUAUAAUUCUCUAUACAAUUACAAUCUUUUCAUACCAGAUAAUGAUGAAUAUACCGACGAAGAAUCAAAUAAUCAAACAAUCACUCUCCGUCAGCAGAAAUAUACCACGUGGUUAUACGUUCUUCUUCUCACAAUAUCGAUCUACGUUCUCUUUUAUAUCACUUUGAUCAAACAACAGUCCAAAACUAUUAUUAUUUCGGAUAUUACUCGUCCUGGUAUCUUAGAUGAACUUUAUCUUGAACAUCACCAAAAACUGACAUGUCCGUGUUCGACAGUUGCAAUUCCUUAUUAUACUUUCGUGAAUAGUACCAAUCAAUUGUAUCCAAUUUGUUCCAGUGUAUUUGUCACUGAACGUUGGAUACAUUCGUUGUACUUUUCAAAUGCAAGUGCGCUUGGAACGGCAGAUUUUCGAACAAUAGCUAAUUCUCAAUUCCAGCUUCUGUCAAGUCUUUGUUCAUCUAUACAAAAUGCAAUUAGUCAAAAUGAAAUUGAUCUUAGUAACACCGAGUUUCUUAGUAUAAAUCUUCUAUCUGACAGGGAAGUUCAGUCCCAGGUGAAUACAACUAUUGAAUUAUUCAUUAACAGUAUUUCCAUUCGGAUAAUUUCAAUUUUGAAUUAUCUCAAAAUUAUCACUCAAGCAAACUUUUUUGUCUCAGCUCUCAAUACCAAUUCAAUCAUUUCAGUUUACAAUUCCGGUUCUGGAUAUAGUAUCUACUUAAUACCAACAGUUUUUAGCGACAAUUAUAAUGAUUAUUAUGGAAUUGAUUACCAUUCUGUUUUGUGCGUUAAUGGAAAUCCACUUAGCCAAACAGGUUUCUUCUCACAUAAAGGACCAGGAACAUUAUAUCGGUUAAUCUGGACACCACCCGAAUCGAAUUCGACAUUGGCUAAUGGUUUUUUUGCAGGAUGUACUCCACUUGCCGGUAUUCUUCACAGUACACUUGAUUGUUUGUAUGAUAUCGAAUGUAUUGAAUUGUGGUCGAAAUACUUUCCUGAUCUGAAUCAAAUUGAUGUCAAUUGGACAAACUCAAUUUUGAAAGAAAAUGAAAACAUGUCUGUUAGUGAUUAUUUAUCUUCAGUUUUCAUUGAAAAGCAAAUUAUCUCGGUGAAUUAUUCCAAAUAUUUCCAUGCAUGUUCGCCGCAGUUUUGUACGUACACGAUGACCAAUCAAUUCGAUUUCUCGUACGCAAUUACCAUUUUCAUUGGCCUCUACGGUGGUCUCAUCAUUAUAUUACGAUUAAUUUCACCAUUUCUCAUCCUUUUCUUCACAAGAUUUCACAGUGUUCAACUAAGAAACUUUUCAACACACUUGCGAGUAACUGUCAAACCAAUAAAACGAUUGAAUCUAUUUAAAAAUAUCAAUGACCGAACUGAAAAUAGUAUCAAACAACAAACAAUAGUGACACGUGUCUACUUAACUUUAUUAAUUGGAUCAAUACUCAUUCUCGUACUCUUCAAUUCACUAAGUACACAAAUAAUAACAUUAACAAAACAGAAUCCAUCACUAAAUGAUUAUAAUCAUUUGAAAAAAUUCUAUUCGGAUACUCUUGAAUGUCCUUGUUCAAUUAUGACAAUUUCUUAUCAGAAAUUGAUUUCAUUUUCUCCAGUUUUACAUCAGAUCUGCACGAGUGAUUUUCUCACAUAUCGUUGGAUGUCAAUAUUGAAUCAAAGUAGUUUGAAUGAAGUGUCCAUUGAUUGGCGAAGUGAAGCUUUUUCACAAGCUCAGCUCUUGUCAAAUCUUUGUCAACUUGCUAAUGAAACAAUUCAGGAUGCUAUUCAUCGUUUUCUUUUACAAUAUUUUGUUACUUUAAAUGUCUUGUCCGAAAAUGAUUUCACUUUACAAAUGAAUUCAACAGUCAAUGAGCUUUUACAAUCGACUAUUCGUUACUUUAAUCUUCUUGUCGAAACAGUACGACUUCUUAUGCAAGUCGAUCAACCUUUAAUGGGAAUACAUCAACAGGAUUCAAAAGACAAUUUAAAUUCUAUCUCAGAUAUUGUAACAGUUCUAACAGAUGAUGAACAAUUUUUACAGUUAAUCAUCGGUUUGAGUAGAACUGUCAACACAAAUUACACAUCGAUCAAUUGUAUUUGUGCAACAAAUUCAAACUGUAAAAGUCCAGUUGCCAUCUAUACUGUUAAUUCAAAUUCUCAUGGUGAUUUUGACUACAAUGUUGUGUAUAUAGUGCCUGGAGCAUACACUGGCUGUUCUGCUACUGAAUCUCUUUUAUUAUCGACAUUUGAAUGUUUCUAUGCAGAUUCCGGAUGUUUUCCAAUUCUGACGACUUAUAUCAAAGAAAUGUAUGUUUAUAAUGUGGAAAAUCCAUCCUGGUUUGAUGUUCAUCCACUUGUAUAUGAUCCAAUGUCAAGUAAUUAUCCUCCGAAUACAACAAUCUCCACUGUUGUAGAAAAUAUGAUGAUUGAACAAUGGAAUUCAGGUUCGUCAUAUGAAAGUUUUUAUAAACUAUGCGCACCAAAGUAUUGCACUUAUUCGGAAAAUCUUCGUAAGAAUACGUCGAUUGACGUGAUUGUAGCAUUGAUAUCGAUGAUUGGUGGUCUGUCUGUUUCACUACGCUUGAUUAUACCGCGUCUUGUCAAAUUUAUUACAAAAUUAUGGAAAAUAAUUACCAACAGACGACAAGAACAACAAACAGUACAAAUGAACGAGUCCGUCGGAAUGAAAAUAUUCAUAUGGAAUGGAAUUAUGUUACUCUACAGUACAAUAAUCAAUCUAAAUAUGUUCUCAUCACGAAAUUUUGGACAUGAUGUCGACAGCGUGACAGUGAAACGUUUAGGUCAAUGGGCAACACGUCUCUAUAUGGUUCUUUUCACCAUCGGUAUCAUUAUUUUCACAUCGUAUACGACCAUUGAACCUUAUGUUGGAAGAAAAACAUUUGAUAAACCAUCAUUUGAUAUCUACAAUGAACUUUAUGAAAAAUAUAAUGAACGAUUGAAAUGUUCAUGUUCAUUAAUUUCAUUUACAUACGAUCGAUUUGUCAAUGUUAAUCUGACAUUUCAUCAGAUCUGUUCAAGUACAUUUACUUCGGACGAAUGGCGAAGAAAUUUAUUAGAUUAUUCUCAAAUUGACUAUCGUCGUUUUCUCUCCUCUCAUUUGCAAUAUCUUCAAGGAUUAUGCGAACUUUCUAGACAAUCAGUAAACACUACUGUACAACAGUUUCUUUUCUCAUUAUUCAUUGGUGAUCAACUGUUUUCUGAACAGCAUUUUAAUGAUCGUCUUCAAUUACGAAUUCAAACGGUUAUAUCUAGUGCUCCAACGAUAUUUUUAACACUUUUAUCCUUCAUUCAAAAUAUCAAUCAAGGAAACGCUAUUGUGUCAACUUAUGGAACAAAUUUUCGAUAUUUAUAUCCAUUGAAUAAUCCUUCGAGUACAUAUGCAAUUACUCAACCAAUUAUCUAUGAUAACAACUGUUCUUGUGCGUUUUAUCCAAAUUGUACAACUCAAGCAUAUAUUUUUCAAGGAAAUUCUUCGGAAAUGGUACCAAUCAAAGGUUUGAAAAUCGGUUGUAUACCUAGUGAAUCAUUUCGUUUAUCCACUCUUGAAUGUUUCUACGAUCGAGCGUGUCUUGAUCUUCUCCAACAAUCUACAAAUCAUAGUGAUCCCCUUCCAUUAAAUCAAAGUCGAUUUGUAAUCAACACAACGGUUGACGAACUCAUUUCGAAUUUGUUCAUUGAACAAUGGUCAAUAACACCAAAUUAUUCAUUAUAUUUUCAACAAUGCUCACCUUCAUCAUGUUCUUAUACAUUUGUUCAGAAGAUCAAUUUUCUAUAUACGAUUACUUUGAUACUUGGCUUUCAAGGAGGAUUGAAUAUCGUUCUCAAAUGGAUUUGUCCGCAAAUAAUUCAAAUACUUCAGUUGAGAAAAAAACGAAAAAUUCUUGCUCAAGUAACAUUAGUGUUACCAACUAUUGAACUUCAUCAAACGGUCGCAAACGCAUCAGUUCGGUAUUCUUUCAAACUUUGUUUAGCACUCCUAUCGAUCUUGUUUCUAAUCACUAUCUUGAUUAUAUUUUCCAUUUUUGGUAUUCGGAAGAAUGACAAUCCGGUUCAGUCGACAGUACCUACAAUGGUCGAAGCAACCAGUAGUAUAACCAAUUCUACAACGAGUAUGGAAAUGCUAAGCACAAGUACGAAUGCUUCGGUUUCGACUUGUCCAGCUGCAUUUCAAGUGAAAAGAACCAAUUUGCCCGGUUAUCUUAAUUUGAAAUUAUCUGCUAUGGGUGACGUGAACAACGACAAUCAACUUGAUCUCAUAUUUUUCUCUUCAACAACUUAUGCAAUAAACACACAACUUGGUAAUGGUAAUGGAACAUUUCGAGCAUCGAUUAUGUCCGUGAUAGGAUACACAAUGUUGCUAAAUAAGCUUAUUUUAAGUGAUUUCAAUCAAGACAAACAGCUAGACAUCGCUUUCAUUGAGACGAAUGUACAGCAGAUGGGUAUUAUGAUCGGUUUUGGUAACGGAAGUUUUGCAAUAUCAGAUCUAAUCUCAACUGGAAAUAACAGUUACCCAUUCGACCUGAUUGCCACUGAUUUUAACAAUGAUAGUUAUUCCGAUGUAGCGAUUGUUAAUUAUUGUGAACAUUAUAUUGCCAUAUUUCUUGGCUAUGGUAAUGGUAGUUUUUUGCCACAAACAAAUCUUUACACUGGACGUAACAGUUGUCCAACAUCAAUUGCCAUCGUCGACUUUAAUAGAGAUGAUCACGUAGAUAUCCUAGUAGUGAAUCAUAUGAGUAAAACUAUUGCUUUAUUUCUUGGAUACGGCAAUGGAAAUUUCCAAGUGCCAAUAACAUCUUUCGCUGGUGGAGGCAAUUCUAUCUAUCCAUAUUAUGUAGUUAUUGCUGAUUUCAAUAGUGAUUCUGUAUUUGAUGUCGCUCUCUCCUACACAACAAUGUACUCUAUUGGUAUUAUGUUUGGAUAUGUAAAUGGAUCAUUUAGUAAUAAAGUAAAGAUUACCUUGGAAUCAUAUGUUGAUAGUUCUCCACUUAUUGCUAAUGAUUUCAAUUGUGAUGGAUACCUUGAUAUAAUCAUUGGACAAAUUGCACCAUCUGGUUUAAUCAUCUUAAUAGGUAAUGGAAAUGGAGAAUUUCGACUCCAAACAAUACUAAGUACACAAGAUGAUAUAUAUUCCAUUCCUUCCUUCAUUGCUGGAGAUUUGAAUAAUGAUGGUUUUCAAGAUCUGGCAGUUGGUAAUCUACAGUCGUUUGUUCAAUAUACUCUCUCUAAUAUAUGUCAGUGUUGUGUAGCUUGA